UGCCGUCCCACCAUGGCUCCCAUUGCUGUCUUUCUCCUGGCCGGGCUUUUUCUGGCUUCACCCUCCUGGGCACGGAGGCCCAAACCCCCCAAGAAGAGUCCCAUUGAUGCGAUCAGCGCUCAAGAACAGUUUGAUCCUGUCCGGUUUGCAGGGAAGUGGUUCCUGGUGGGGGUGGCCUCUGAUUGCCUCUACCUGCGCGAAAAUGGCUACCGGGUGGAAGCCACCAACGUGGUGGUCUCAGUGACCGACAAGGGCUCCCUGCUCUUUAGCACCUUCCGGCCUCUGGAGGGGAUUUGCUGGAACAUCAAGCAGAGCUAUUUCGCCGGCCAGACGCCGGGGCGCUUCCUCUUGAAAGGCCGUGGUGCCCCAGUGGACGUGGUGGUGCGGGAGACGGACUACAGCAGCUACGCCAUCCUCUACUUCCAGAAGAACCGCAAGAUCUCAGCCAAACUUUAUGGACGGACGGCACAGCUUCCAACUGACACCCUGAAGAAGUUCGAAGCUGCCAUGGCUGCCCUGGGCAUCAGCGAUGACCUCAUCUUCUAUUACCCCGUCUACGGGUUUUGUAGCUCGGCCGACCAAUUCCACAUCCUUGACGAGACAAGAUACACAGGAUAGCAGGAAUCGGGAGCGGUCCGAGGCUCCCCCCUCCCCCCGUGUCAAGACAGCCACACAAGAACAGAAAUC